UUUUAAUUCAGCUGCUGAACAGCUGCUGAACUCACGACUAUGUAUGAAUAUAUCAUUACUUUCAUGUCAAGAACAUCAAGCGAAAAAUGCUGGCAACAAAUGUUCACGCUGAGAGAAAAACUUCAACUUCAAAAUAUACUUCAACUGGUGGAGAUAUGCUUGGUAAUUCCAAUUUCAAACGCUGAGGUAGAGAGGGUGUUCUCGGGAUUUACAAAGAUGAUGACACGUGAUAGAUUGUCCUUGAAAAACGAAAGUCAAGAAGCUAUUCUGCGUGUUCGUGGUGAUCGAAACUUCAAACCAUCGAGAUACGAUAAAGCGGUUACUAUGUUUUUAAACCAAUAUCCAAAUGGUGAAGUCAGGAAAAGAGCUCGAAGACUCGAUGGUCACAAAUUCCAUCGAAGAAGAAGAGCAAAAAAAGUCCUUCCUGUAAUUGUUCCACUCAGUGAUGACGAUGGGAAGAGCGACGAUGAUGAUUGCAACCAAAAUCCACAACAAGAGCUUGUUAACCUUUCUGACAUAUCCAGUGAUGAAUCACAAUGGUCCGAGUCUGAUUCCGAUGACGAAUAAUGCAAGAGUUUGCUAAAAAACAUUGUUUUUUUAUAUUACGUGUAGCAAUAAGUAUCACCACAGGCUGAAAAAAAAGCAUUUUAAUAAACACUAUCUUUUCAGAUAUGACGGGUCCCUCAACGGAUGCUUAAUCGCCUUUCAAGGCUUUUUUUACAUAAUGCAGACAUACAUAUCCACGAUGUGUUACGACUGCUCCGCCUGUAAGUGCAUCAUGCAAACUUGAUUCAUCCGUGCUUCGUCGGCGUUCACCUCCGUACGAGUUAGGAACCGCAUGGCCUGUAUAUCUUCCGUGAGACCGAGGCUACCAACCACGAAGGGGCCGGGCUGUUGAUAUCUGUGUCUACGUAGUUCCUAAUUAGGCCAGGAGUCGGUGAAUUAGCUAGGAUGAACUUGUUGGCUUUGUACAGUCACACACGUGGUUCGUGUGCCAAAAAGAGAGGUCGUGCGAAGCGAAGAUUUUCAGUUCUAAGAAUAGGUACAGGGGCUUCGAUAUGUCCAACACGUCGGUGGGGAAA